CUCCAUAAUCCCACUCAUCCAAACAGCCCAUCAUGAUGUCCUGUGCUACUGAGCCUAAGCAGAUCCUGAAAAGAGAGAUCUCCCUGCGAGAGUGGGAACACAUCCAAGAAUGGGCUCCUGAGACUCUGAAACACUACACUCUCCCCAAGUCCGUCGUUCUUCAGAUGAACUUCCCCCCGGUCCAGCACCAAACCGUGGCCAGCCCACCCCAAGACCAGAGCCCCCGUCGCUUCAAGCCUCGUACAUCGUCCCUCUUCGAAGAAUGGAAGUCGCAGGCCAACCAGGGCGACGACACAAACGGCACUCCCAUCGCUCCAGCCCGCAAGGAAAACAAGGCUGACAAGACUGACAAGACGGCCCCUCCUGUUGCGGAUGUCAAAGUUACCGACAAGCAGUCUGGUGAUGCUCGACCUCCAUCGGCUGGAGUGGACUCAAAGCGUCAUUCGCAGGACUCUAUCAGGAGCAAGGUUUCGAACAACAGCCACUAUGCGAAGCCGACCGUGGCUGCGAGCAAUCGGUCUAACAAUGUGUCUGUGUCUGCUGCCAAGGUGAUUCCUGGUAACAAAGCGACGCCUGCUACCAAAGUGACGUCUGCUAUCAAAGAGCUGCCUGCUACUAAAGCGGUGCCUGAUACCAAAGCGGUGCCUGAUACCAAAGCGGUGCCUGCUAGCAAAGCGGUGCCUGCUGUUAAAGUGACACCUCGAGCACUGGAGCAGCAUAACAAGAGUAGAUCUCCGGAGGCCCAGCACAGAUCCCGUUCCGAUACUGUCUAUGUGACUCCGACUGGCGUUCGCUUCCGGGCAAAUGAGCUAGCCAGGUGGUCUGGUGGAAUGAAGAACCGAGGCAAGGCUACGGUCUACUUCCGUCCGAGCUUCAUUGAAAAUCCGUGGAGCAACAUGAAGCCUAUUCUGACUUCGUUCCUUGAUCGCUACUGGUGA